AUGCGGGGAGCUGUGGAGGCCUGGCCCCGCGUCAGUUCAGGGCUGGCUGUUGACGGCAGCGGAUGCUCCGUCGCCGCGGGGAAAGGAGCAUGCCAUGGCCCUACAGCACAGUCGUCAGGACUUGCCUUGCUAGACCAUUCGGUGGAAACUUCAAUAUACCAUAAGCCUGGGCGAGCUGACAAUGAUGCAAUGGACACUGACUCUGAGGCAUACCGGGCAUCCAAGGAGGUUGACGGCGAUUCAUCAGUUUCCAUUCCGGCUCAAGUCAUAAUGCCGAUAUGCAAAACUAGUGUUACAGAUUCAGCCACUGAGAGCUAUCCGACAUCAGACGUUGAGGUAGUAGUGGAAUGCACAGGUACAAGCUCCAGCAUAUCUACGACCACAGACGGAGUCUCAGAAGGUGCAGCAGAUACAAGCUCCAACAUAACUAUUCCCACAGAUUCAGCCCAGGAAGGUGCAGCAGCUAUGGAUGUGAGCACUGUCAUUCUCCCACAAAGAGACUCAACACGGGCCACUUCUCAAAACAAUAGAGGAGCAAAGACGCGGAAGUACUUUAGGAAGUAG